CCAAUCCAAAAGUAUGGGCCACAUCCUUACCCACUAGGUUAUCCAUAUAAGUUUCACAUUUUAGGUUAUUUUCAUUGGCAGGGUUUCAUCGUAUUCCUCUUCUCGGCCGUCAAUCUUUCUCCAAAAUGCCGAAGCAAAUUCACGAGAUUAAGGAUUUUCUCCUCACCGCAAGAAGGAAGGAUGCGCGGUCCGUGAAAAUCAAAAGGAGCAAGGAUGUUGUCAAGUUCAAGGUUAGAUGCUCAAAGUAUCUCUACACAUUAUGUGUCCAUGAUGCUGAGAAGGCUAACAAGUUGAAGCAAUCUCUUCCUCCAGGUUUGAGCGUACAAGAUCUUUAGACGCGAGUUCUUUAUGUUAGUUGGAUUGAUUUCAACUCAGGUUUUGUUUUAUCAAAAAGAUUGUUGUUUCUACAUGCUAUUAAUUAGGCGUUGUAUGAACUUGUUCCCGUUUUGGUUUUUUGAGACUUUAUGGUUCUGAAAUUAGUCAUGAUUCGUUAUUUACAAAUUUUCUUAAUUUUAACGGUC